GCGCCCGCAGCUGGCGAGCAGAACCAGGGUUCUCUGGAGGUGCUGCUUUUUCACACAGGCGCUGCGUGCAGCUGAGAAAGGGGCGGGAUCCUUCCCAGCUGAGUUAGUUGUGAUUUGCUGGAUUCGUAGACUUUUCCCCUCAAAACCCCAGCCCUCUCUCUCUCGCUCUCUUUUUUUUCUUUUUUUUUUUGGUCUUUCCUCUCUCUGGGAGGGAGAGAAAGGGAGAGGAGAGGUUGUCUUGCGGCCGCAUCUCUGGAUCUGGUCCCGCAGCCUUGCCCGGCACAAUGAGCUCGGAAGCCGAUGAGCCCAAGGAAGUGGCCACAGAUGUCUUCAACUCCAAAAGUCUGGCCAUUCAGGCCCAGAAGAAGAUCCUUGGAAAAAUGGUGUCCAAAUCAAUAGCAACUACUUUGAUCGAUGAUACAAGCAGUGAUGUUUUGGAUGAGCUUUACAGAGUUACAAAGGAAUAUACACAAAAUAAAAAAGAAGCAGAGAAGAUCAUCAAAAACCUCAUUAAAAUAGUCCUCAAAUUGGCAAUUCUCUACAGGAACAACCAGUUUAAUCAGGAGGAAAUAGCUCUGAUGGAGAAAUUCAAGAAGAAGGUUCAUCAGCUGGCUAAGACUGUGGUCAGUUUCCAUCAGGUGGAUUAUACCUUUGACAGGAACUUUUUGUCCAAACUGUUGAAUGAAUGUAGAGAGCUGCUUCAUGAAAUCAUUCAGCGUCACCUAACUGCGAAGUCACACGGACGCGUCAACAAUGUGUUUGAUCACUUCUCUGAUUGUGAAUUUUUGGCUGCCUUGUACAAUCCCUUUGGACCUUAUAAAAUCCAUUUGCAGAAACUUUGUGAUGGGGUCAACAAAAUGCUAGAUGAGGGGAACAUAUAAGUACUUGUGUUAGAGGUGACUGCAUAUGAGUUAUUUGUAGGUGGAACACUGUUGAUUUAUGAAGGAAUAAGGGAGCAUGCAAAGAGGUUUUUUUACAUUAUGACAAAUCUUUCCUAAAAUCUUUAUUAAUUGAUUUCUUACUAUGCGCUAUCUGUUGCUAUUCACAGUCCAUCUGGAAGAAAAACUGCACAUGACUUUUUUUUACUGUGCUUAGCCUAUGGAAACAGCUUGAUAUAGACAAUCAAAAAGAAUGGUUCAAGUAGAGUAAGAGUCUUGCAAGAUAGAUCCACAAACUAAAAGAACAUGCUGUCAGACAAUCCACAUCUUUCAUAGAUUUACAGAAUUAAUUCUAAAUUAUCAGAAUCCGGUAAUGUUGAUAACAGACUAUCAUGGUGAUGGUACACUCUGUAAUUUCUUUAUUUUACUUGUAAAAUAGGCAUAUAUGAUUCAGUUAUAGUCUUUUAUGCUCUCUGCACAGAUAACAGCUUCCUAGUGUUACCAUAAUGAAGUUUUAAAUAAAAUCAGUGAUGCUGUCACACAGAGUCUUAACAGCAGGCUUGUGCAUCUCCAGUACAGAGGUGAAAACUUCCUGUCUGCAAGGCAGGAUCUCCCAAGUAGAGAUCUUUAUAGGCCUGCACAGGUGCUUGCUUCCUUUGACUACAUGGGGAUUAUUUGAGGAAUAAGCUACAGGAAAAUAGCCGAACUGGGGAAGAGCACUCCCAAGAAACUGCUUGUGGUACAGAAUUUUAACUCUGCCUUUGAUAAGAUAAAACACAGUGAGUUCUCUGUGCAAUUCCUUUAGAUAUAUAGAAUUCUGCUAGUAGAAUCAUAGAAUCAAUCAUUUGGGUUGGAAGGGUCCCAAUUCUUUUCGAAAAGAUGUGAGUCAGUAUAUUUGACAUACUAGUCUGAUGUGUAUGAUGAUGUGCAUUCACCAAAGCUGAUAAAUAAAUUGCAAGCCAAUUUGCUUUGUGUACAAUGAAAGUAGAAACAGAAAUUAGUGUUAUAAUUGUGUUAUAUACUAUUUAACGAAUGGAAAAAUGGAAUUUUGAAUAAAGUUUUUUCUUCUUUUCUUACUUCCUACCUUUUAUCCUUUUCUUCUUCAUCUUCUCUUUGCCUUGACAUUGGGGAUAAAAAAUGUGACUUUCUAGACACUGUAAUGUACUUAAAGCAUGAAGUUAAUACAUUUCAAACAGCCAAAGACUUUUUGUUAGGAAACAUAUAAAGAAUUUGCUGUUUAUUUAAUUGCCAGUGUUUUUGCUGUUUGCUGUGUCCUUUUGUUUUAAUGAGUAAA